CUAACCGUUGCUAAGUUACUUCGCGUUGUGGUAAAACCAUAGAUGUGAAGUAAUGGUUAGAUCGACACCUCCUCCCUCCCUGAAAACGAAAAGUCAUAGCAUUGUUCAGAAAUUUUAUGGAGAUACAUAAUGAAUAACACCCUGUAAUAGUAUUACAGUAUUAGUAUUAUUCCGUAUUAACUGAAACGCUUGUAUUAAAUAUUCCCUCUUAACAGCUAAUUAUUGGUGUGUGUGGAUGUGGAUUCAAAACCUCGCGAGAUCUGAGUAACGACCUAUUGAUGUGUUUGGGAAAUUCGAAUUAGUUUAUCAGAAGAAAGAACGGUGGAUGUCGUGUGAAUGUGCCGUUAACAGUAUGAAUGGCUUCCCAGAGCACACUUGUUGGUUCAGUGCUAUCACUACAAGAUCAUUGUUUUUUCUAUCCAUCUUGUCGGGAGUGUUUGUCACGUUUGAUAGUAAAUAAAAACAGAUGCUACUGCAGAAAAUGUGGUUAUUCUUGUGAAGUACACAAUGUUUGUUACCGAUACAGGCUAUCCUUGGGAGCAGCAGAUAAAAAUGAGAUUUUUGGUGUCACAGUUUUUGGCAGCUGCUUGGAUCCUUACUUUGGUGUCACUGCAGGUUUUCUGCAAAGGUUUGUAGAAGAUUUAAAGAACAAUGCUGAAGAGGUUGACUAUGAUCGCCAACGCAGUUUGUUAAUUCAAGCAGUGGAGUACUGUUUUAUAGGAAGACAUUUUAUAUUUGGAGUUAAGUUGUCCCCAAGUCAAACCAAGGCAGACCCUUUAAAUUCAGAAACCACUUCACAGACUUUGUUCAACAGACAUGGAUAUAAUAGGCAGCUUAUUGCUUAUUAUUUUUCUGUGCCAAACACUUCUUUAUUUGGCUGCACUGUAAUGAGCUAUUUUAAGGAGCUCCUGCAGUCAUUUAAUGUUGGCCAUUUUAUCAGUGAUUCACAACUCCCAGGAACUUGUUCACAUACAUCAGAAAUAGACAAUUGCAACUCAUUUAACAGCUUAGGAAGCUAUUUGACAAUAUGUGGAGAGUCACAGGAAGCAUGUAGUCUUUUGAGUCAAUCUGAAGGACCUUUACAGCAGGCACAUGAAAUUAUCACUUCUUCAUUAGACUGUCAUUGCAAAAUGAAUCUGGAUGGUUCUAUUAUAAAUUGUUCACUCUGGGAUAAGAAAUCACCGCAGGUAAAUUCUUUGAAAAGUCUACAAAAAUACAAAUGCAACCACACAAGGUGCUGCCUUGAUUCGUGGUAUUCCUCUGAUUUGCAAGUGGUAGAUGAAGACUGCCAAAGAAAAAAGAAAAAUGUUUUCAGGAUGUGUGAAGGAACUUCUGCAUGUUUUGCUGAGGAAAAAAUGCCUUUUUUAAGGGACAGAUUUGGACAGGAGAACUCACUGUUAUCCAACAAAGAGAGUCUGGCUUUCAGACAAUCACCUUGUUUUAAAUCAAGUACAUUGGAAAGACAUCAUGAAGCUACUGAAAAAAACAAAGAAUGUGAUUUGAAUGAUGCUCAAAAUAUUAUUAAGAUUAAAAGAAAAAAAAAUGAUAAUACUUCGUGGAAAUGGCCAAAUCUCUCUUUCUCAGAAAACAUUGAGUUUAUGAAUGAAUUUAAAAGGAAUGACAAGAUAUCACAUGAGAGUACUGAAGCAAAAAACAUUAAAGAAUUUGUGGAUAUUAGAAAUAUAGACCCUAUAAGUGAUCAUAUUACAAAACGUUACACAUUCCAGAAUAUGACUAACUGUGGUAAUGUUAAAUCUUUUCAACAACCAGUCACCAAUUCUUUCAGUGGUACAAGCAAAGAAAAUUCCGUAUCAACUGGAGACAAACAAAAAGGCAACAGCAGUGUUAAAAUAUUGAGCACCGUCGAACAUGUAAAUGAAGUGAAGAUACCAUUUUUAAAGAAGCAGCUACCCACAUUUAAGAGCUCUAAGAACUGUAAUGAUGGAAAUAUUUCUGACUGCAUGAUCAAUAGGGUAUGUUUUAUAAACAAAUGCCAGACACCACAAGCCAUUUAUAAUAACUUAGAUAAUCUGUACAUGUACAAUGCUUCAGCUGAUCUCUUUAGUAGUGUGGACAGUGCUUGCAUUAAAUAUGAAGAAGUGAAAUUGACAGAGUCAACAGAUUUAAAACCAGAAAAUUGUUCUUUGUUUGUCAAUGAACUUGAUUUAGCUGUUAAAAAUGAUGUAAAGCUUAAUUUUAAUUUUCUUCAGACACUACCCACCAGUGUUAAAGAUAUGUUUCAUCAGGAAAUGGACAAAGAAAGUUGUGACUCUGAUCCAGAUUUGUGUGACUGGCAAAAUUUUGUUCCUUGUUCACAGUCAACUCCUGUUCUGAAGCAUGCCAGUUCUAAAAGAAAUUCCAUCGUUCACCUGUCAUUUUCAAGUUCUCAACUCAAGCUUGGAAAUCACCCACAAAAAAGGAAAACUCUCAAAUAUCUCCCCCUAAAACAAAAUUUUCACUGGAAAAGUAAAAAGAAACUUCAGAAAAAGAAAAACUUGAUCAAUUCUUUUUUAACCAGACAUUCACAAACAUUUGAUAAUUCUGAAAGUUUCAGGGGUGAUAAAGUGAUGAGUAAUGAAUUCUGCAAAAAUCAACUUAAAAGAGAUGGCAAAAGAGCUGAUAGUUCUGUCAUCACCUACAAUGAUAAUUCUGCUGUUACUUUGCAUAACAAUGAUGAACAUAAUCGGCACAAUACUUCUGGAUACAUGUCUGAAGACCUUUUUGGUGAAAGUUCAAAGACACCAUUCACCUAAAGACAAAUUAUUUCUUGCUGUUUAUUUAAAUGUAGAAAAUUAGCAUUAUUAUAUCACAUAACAGUGAAAGUACUGUUUUUAUAAUUUAUGCUAUUUUAACAGAAUUAUUCUGACAUUAGUAUCAAGAAGAGCUAUACUGUACUUCAAAGAUGUAAUGGAAUCUUGAGCUUAUCUUUUAACUGAAUUAAUAAGGUAUUUUGAGGUAUGAAAAGAUUAACUUUGUUUCUGGGUGUUAAACUAAAAAAAAUCAGUCUGGUUAAUACAGUUGUAUAAAGCUUAACAGUUGUACAUUUAUGUUUAUAUAAAAUAACUACAAAAUUUUAUUUCAAUUAUCUAUUUGUAUACUGUGUAUCUGAAACAAAGCACAUUUGUUAAAAGUAAACUAAUUUUGUCUUAUCAUAUGCACAUUGGA